AUGGGACAUAAGGAGCAUGGAGGGACUUGGCACAUGGAAGCAGCUCAACUGGAUACGCAAAGGAAGAAGGGAGAAGCCAUCUUGAAGACCAGCUCGACCGUCUACUCGACCAACCGGUCGAGUUCCUCAACUCGACCGGCCAAGCUUCAACUCGAUCGAGCUGAGAAGUCAAAGUCAAACCCGAAAAAUGUGUAUGCGAACUCGAUCGAGUCGGUCACAGAAGACUUGGUCGAGCUAGACAUUACAACGGGUAGAAAGAGGGUUCAGAGGUCACAGAGGGUACAAGAGGAACCUGAGGUGCUUGUUGCUGAUACAAUGGAUGUACCAGAGGGGAAUGGAAACCCUUUGGGAAUGGACUCGGUCGAGCUAGGCAAACUCGACCGAUUGGUCAAGGAGAUGCUCCAAACCGCCACCAACAGAGACAAGGGAUUGUUCCACCACCAGUGCAGAACCACAACUUUGAGAUCAAGCUGGGAAUGA